CGGGCUCGGAGCGUGCCUGCCUCCCUCGCUCGCUCGCUCGCUCGCUCGCUCGCUCGCUCGCCCGGGCGGCGCGGCGGGCACCGGGUGCCAGGGCGCGCGCGCGAUGAAGGCGGUGAGCCCGGUGCGCCCCUCGGGCCGCAAGGCGCCGUCGGGGUGCGGCGGCGGGGAGCUGGCGCUGCGCUGCCUGGCCGAGCACGGCCACAGCCUGGGCGGCUCGGCGGCCGCGGCGGCCGCGGCGGCGGCGGCGCGCUGCAAGGCGGCCGAGGCGGCGGCCGACGAGCCGGCGCUGUGCCUGCAGUGCGAUAUGAACGACUGCUACAGCCGCCUGCGGAGGCUCGUGCCCACCAUCCCGCCCAACAAGAAAGUCAGCAAAGUGGAGAUCCUGCAGCACGUUAUCGACUACAUCCUGGACCUGCAGCUGGCGCUGGAGACGCACCCGGCUCUGCUGAGGCAGCCGCCGCCGCCCGCGCCACCGCACCACCCAGCCGGGACCUGUCCGGCCGCGCCGCCGCGGACCCCGCUCACGGCGCUCAACACCGACCCGGCCGGCGCGGUGAACAAGCAGGGCGACAGCAUUCUGUGCCGCUGAGCCGGGCUGCGCUGUCCAGGUGUGCGGCCGCCUGAGCCCGAGCCAGGAGCACUAGAGAGGGAGGGGGAAGAGCAGAAGUUAGAGAAAAGCCACCGGAGGGAAGGAAAAAAAAAAAACAGAACAAAACAAAAAAACCCACACACCUUCAGAGCCUAGACACGUUGCGCUCAUUCCAAGAGAGAGGGAAAGAAACAUUUAAAAACGCUCAUCCUUUUUUUUUUAAUUUUCUUUUUCCUUUGCACGUUUCAUCCACCUUCUACAUAAUUCUUUGUCUCUUCAUUUUAUAACCGUUGUGAAUUGUACAUUUCUGUGUUCUUGGGAGGUGCAGUUAAACUUUUAAGCUUAAGUGAGACAGGACUGGUGAUAUAUAGACGAUCAAGAGUAAAUUCCGACUUUAGAAGCCUCUACUCAGUGACCAAGGAGCUCAGUUUUUGUUUGGAAGCUUUACUAAUAUACCAGAGCAAUGUAGAUAUUUUUUUUUCUCCUCACAUCUAUUGUUUAAAAUAGAUGAUUAUAACGGAGCAGGGAACUUUCUUCUCCUUGCAAGAAUGUUACAUAUUGUAUAGAUAACUGAGUGACAUUUCAUACCAUGUAUAUAUAGAGAGAGAUGUUCUAUAAGUGUGAGAAAGUAUAUGCUUUAAUAGACUACUGUAAUUAUAAGAUAUUUUGAAUUAAAUAUUUUUUGUAAAUAUUAUGUGUGUGUUUUUUUAAUCUAUGGGAAUAUUUCUGUUGAAAAAUUAUUUUUCAGCUCAAUUGCAGAGCUCUUGGUACCUGGAAUGUCUUUUCUGUUUGCCUUGGCUUUUAAUUUGUUUUUGUUUUGCUCACUGUCUGUGUAGUGACAGUGUUAGCUAGUGAUCCUGCAUGCCUGCAUGAGACGCUUAAUCACAAAAUAAACUUGUUCUGAGUCCAUUCAAAUGUGUUUUUUUUUUAAAAAAAACUAGAUGGAAAUCUCUGUAUUUGGAGCAUACAUAUUGGAAAUAUACUUAAUCUGAUUUUAAGUACAGGGUUUGACAGUGUAAUCUAUAAAGCGUGUUUUUCAUUUUCUAAUUGAGAUCAUGAUGGAUUCUGAGUGAUUUUGCCUAUGGGACGGGGAAAUGCUUGGAUCUUUAAGGAGUUUAUGAAAUGUUUAAUCAAAGUGAAAAAGAUAGUUCUCAUUCUUCAUUUUACACAAAAGCUUAGUGUCAGUAAGUUUCCUGUCUGUAUAGAUUCUUUAAAUCAUAGAAAUGAAAAAAAAAAUGUUCUCUGCUUGCUACCAAAGGACAAACUCUUGGAAAUGAACACUUUUUUGCUUUCCUUCCUCCAAAGAAUAGUAACAGGCAACAGUGGGAAAGAAAAAUAAGACGGCAUAGUGACGAAUCUUUGAAGCAGGCAUAAAAGUUGAUCUUCAAACCGAAAACUUAAGUAGACCAAAAAUUCUGAUGACCGCAUCUAGAUUAUUUUUUUAUAAAAAUGAUUUUCACUAUAGCUAUGCUAGUUACCGCUAAACUACUGUCCAAUCUCUUGUGAUGUGUACCUUUUACAUGUGAAUAUUAAAGUAGAUUUAUCUGUCUUGUACUGUGA